AUGUUCCUCUCUGUUUUUCUCAUUGCAACGUCAACGAAAGGAAGUAAAACAGUCUCGUCGCACCCGGAAAGAAACGAUGAAAUAUCUAUCUAUCUAUCUAUCUAUCUAUCUAUCUAUCUAUCUAUGUCUUUUCUUUCCUCCACUUCCUUCCUUCAUUCCUAUCUCUCUCUCUCUCUCUCUCUCUCUCUCUAUCUAUCUAUCUAUCUAUCUAUGUCUUUUCUUUCCUCCACUUCCUUCCUUCAUUCCUAUCUAUCUAUCUAUCUAUCUAUCUAUCUAUCUAUCUAUCUAUCUAUCUAUGUCUUUUCUUUCCUCCACUUCCUUCCUUCAUUUCCUAUCUCUCUCUCUCUCUCUCUCUAUCUAUCUAUCUAUCUAUGUCUCUUCCUUCCUCCCUUCCUUCCUUCAUUCCUAUCUAUCUAUCUAUCUAUCUAUCUAUCUAUCUAUCUAAGUUGUUGUCGUUCUUUCUAUGUAAGUUCGUUUCUUCCUUUCUAUCUAUAUGUCUACAUUGUUUUCUUUCUUGCUAUCUCUUUAAGUUGUUUUAUAUCUAUCUAUAGAUUGAUUUGUUUUCUCCUAUCUAUCUAUCUAUCUAUCUAUCUAUCUAUCUAUCUAUCUAUCUAUCUAUCUAUCUUGUUUUAUACCUAUCUAUCUAACUUGUUUUCCAUCUAUCUAUCUCAUUUCCAUUUCUUAUUAAUAAUGUCCACACCGUGUUAUUAA